GAGCCGCACCGAAAACGGUGGUAAACAACAACAGAAUGGCUGAUGAACGGAAUUUCCGUUCAACUUAUUACGAAAAAGUCGGCUGCCGGAGCGUGGAAGAGCGAAAAUCUUUGGAAAUUCUGCUCAAGGACAAGCCGCUGAAUGUGCUCAAACUGAAACAGUUCUGUAUCCGGUUCACUGUACCUAACAUCCACCGGAGUGUGCUAUGGAACUUCCUGCUCGGUGUCACUCCGGCCUAUACCGAUUCCUGCAAAUAUGUAAUGACCCAACGGGAAGCGGUGUACGAUGAUUUACUACGGGCCUUGCAGGUGAUGAGAAUUGUCGAUGAUAAAACACCAAAGCCCAGGGUUUUAUACGCAAUGUGGCUUCUGGAAACUAAACAACUUUGUCUGGGAUAUGACCUGAAUCAAGAGUGCCAUUUCAGCAACAUAACCGAGGUGUUGUUGCAGAGCUUCGACAACGAUAUCGAGAUCUAUUGGAUGGCUAAAGGGUUUCACGAGUACAGCCAGGAAAUUAUAGAGGAAAUGGGAAAGUUGUCCGAUUUGACCGGUACAAUCCUGGAGAAGGAAGACAACGGGUUGUACAUUCAUCUAAAAUCGUGCGACAUAUUGCCCGUGCUUCCGUUGGAGAAGUGGUACGGAUCUUUCUUCGCCGGUGUUCUGCCGGAGUUGGCCAUUAUUCGUAUAUGGGACAAAAUCUGCGGAGGAUCGAUCAAGAUUGUAAUCUUUGUGCUGAUAGAAAUACUUCGCACCUUGCGGAGAAGGGUGCUCCGGUGCGUGGAUCUGAAAUCUUUGCUCGAGUGCAUUGAAACCAUCAAAGACGAGCAGGAAACGGCCGAUCUCAUCGUAAACAAGGCCAUCGAACUGUGGCAGCAGAACAAGGGCCACAACGAGUUCAUUCUUCAGUCCAAAGCGAAGGCCCUCAUAUGAAGUCAUCCAUUCAUCGUCUUAAACCGAACUGAAUUUACAGUGGAACAUAUAAAUUUAUGUGAUCACAAUAUAGAUUAUUAGAAUUAAAAUAUAAGGAAUCGAUAGAGUUAUAUUAAA